AUGUCGUCGUCGUCGUCGUUGAAGGCUUUGGUGGCGCUCAUGGCCGUGGCGGCCGUCGCCGAGCUCGCCGCCGCCGCCGGGAAGACGUACACGAUCAAGUGGGCCUCCGGAGGGAACUACGGCGACUGGUCGUCCAAGAACGCGGUGGCCGUCGGCGACAGCGUCGUGUUCAAGUACGGCUCGCCGCACACCGUCGACGAGCUGUCGGAGGCGGACUACAAGUCGUGCAGCUUCACGAGCCCGGUGACGUCGGACGCCAGCGGCAGCACCACGGUCACGUUCGACGCGGCGGGGACGAGGUACUUCGCGUGCGCGGCGGCGGCCGGGUCGCACUGCAGCAUGGGCCAGAAGGUGGCCAUCACGGUCUCCAACUCGACGGCGCCGUCCAAGGGCGGCUCGCCGCCGUCGUCGCCGUACGGGGCGGCGGCGGGCGGCGCCGAGCUCGCCUCGAAGCUGGUGGUAGGCCUCGCCGUCGGCGCCGGUGCCAUGCUCGCGCUCUGA